GCUCUCAUUGGUCCAAAUGCCCCCAAAACCUCCGAUAACAUCUCCACCACUCCAUAUGAAUGGGCAAUGAGAAACUUCUCCACAAAAUUCCAUCCGCAGGACCGAGAAGAGCCAACGUCCCAAGAAAGAAAAUUAGAAGAAAAAGAAAGCAUAAAGGACGAUAGAGAAGAAGAGAAAGAAGAAGAGAAAGAAGAAGAAGAAGAAGAAGAAGAAGAAACAAGAGCUAUAUGUGAAUGGGAAUUCAAUCUCUCCACUACUGUCUCUUCUAGCACAGCCGGAGCCGUGUCGGACACUCUCGGAGUGAUCGAGUUUGACCCGUCUGACAGCUUUGUAGCCACCGGUGGUAUCGCGAGAAAGAUCAGAAUUUACAGUUUACGGUCUUUGCUACCACAAGGUGAGCGUAGUAAUACCGCUUCCACUUUGUUAGACCAUGCCAGUGCAUGUGAGUUCUACAUCUGCACCCCAGCUAAGCUUAGCAGCAUGAGGUGGAAACCCGGUUCCGGAGGACGAGUUUUGGGGUCAGGAGACUAUGAUGGGGUGGUCAUGGAGUAUGACCUGGAGAGAAGAAUGCCCAUUUUUGAGCGGGACGAGCAUGGCGGCCGCCGAGUCUGGAGCGUGGACUAUUCGCAUUGUGAUCCGGUUAUAGGGGCAUCGGGGUCGGACGACGGCACCAUGCAGAUGUGGGAUCCACGAUGCGAAGGUGGGAGAUGCGUGGGUACGGUGCAGCCCAGCGUGGGGCGUAGUCCCGUCUGCUGUGUUGAAUUCAAUCCCGUUGCUGGGGCAUUAAUCGCCGUCGGAUGUGCGGACCGGAAGGCUUACGGGUACGACAUCAGAAGAAUGGCGGAUCCGGUUGUGGUGUUUGACGGGCACAGUAAAACCGUAACUUACGUUCGAUUUCUGGAUGCCCAAAUGAUCGUCUCAGCCGCGACGGAUGGGUGUUUGAAGCUGUGGAAUAUCAACGACUCCCGUGUGAUUCGCACCUACAAGGGACACGUGAACAACCGGAACUUUGUCGGGUUAUCAGUGUGGAGGAAUGGCGGGUUAUUCGGUUGCGGAUCGGAGAACAACCAGGUUUAUGUGUACGAUUUGAGGUGGGGCGAGCCUAUAUGGGUGCAUGGGUUCGAGCCAGUGAGUAGAGCCGGGCGCGAGUAUGGGUUCGUCAGUAGCGUGUGUUGGAGGCAAGUGGGGGACGAAAGCUGCACACUCGUGGCAGGGGGAUCAGAUGGAGUUCUGCAGGUUUUUGUGGGCAAAAGGAAGCCAGGUUUAAUUAGACUGUCCCAUAAAUGAUAUGCAUUCAUAUAUCCAAUUUAUUAGCACAAAGAGAGAGAAAAGAAAAAGAAAGACAGAAGCCAUGCAUGCACUUUGCCUUGCUGUUAUCUGAUCUGCUAACAAAACCUUUUGCAAUUAAAACCUGCAUGUUGCAUUUUCUUGAAGGCCCAUGUUUUAUAUUUUAGGAGAGAUUUGAUUUGGCGAGUUUAAUUUGUUUUGACUCUCUUAACAUUUUUGCAAGGCAACCUGCUGUAAGGUAAUUGAAUGCCUUUAUUAUUUGCAAACGUGGCCUUGUUUAUAUAUUGUUUUGCUACUUGAGAUAAAUGUUCAUGAUCCAAUGUGCUUUAUACUUGGGACAACAUGAAGAAAACAGUCUUUUUGCUUCAUAUCAACAUGCAGGCACGCACAAAUUGUUGUCACGCCCCUUUGCACGAUGAAAAAGAGUAUGGGCGGCCGGGUUCAGUCGACUCUGAUCUCUGGGAGAUGCUGAUCGAACAACUUACUUUGACCUAGCUAGCUAAUUGGAAAUACAGUACUCAAAUAACUAUUGGACAGAUUGUCAAAGAUUUUUAAUUAAAUGAAUCGUUGAAAUAUUUGUUCUCAGGGAUCAUGCAUUUUGUAUGCAGGAUUUGAAGAAAAAGAAGGAUAAAAUAUCAAUCAUAUCAUGUGUUGUAUGGAUAUAUAGAUAGAUGAUCUUUCUUAAUUCCUUUGAAAAAAAUCUGUUUAUAAGCUUAUUUAGAGGACGAAAGAUGAUCAAUCAUAUGCAAUGCGAAUAGAUGGUCUUUCUUAGCUAGGAUGAAAGAUUAGUGCAAUGCAGAUGUAUGAUAUUUUUUCCUUUGAGAAAUUAUGUUUAUUAUGAUAUGAGCUUAUUUACCGACAAA